UCCCAGUGAACAGUUGCAGCAGCACAGCUGGAAGAUCAGCAUCAUGCCUGGAAUUACUUGCACUGACUUGCGUAUUGCACCUGGACAGCGUAUUGCUGUGAAAAGAGAAGUUCCAUCAGGAGCCAAGAGUUCUGUAAUUAAUCUGGGCAAAAAAGAUGAUGAUCUCAUCAUACACUUCAACCCAUGUUUUGAUGCUCAUGGCAACGUGAAGACCAUAGUGUGCAACAGCAAGAGUGGCGGCCAGUGGGGGAAAGAACACCGAGAAAGCAACUUUCCCUUCCACGAAGGCAGCACUGCAGAGAUUAUUUUUGCUUAUGACAAAAACGAGGUGGCUAUUACACUGCCGGACAACUAUCGAUUCAAGAUCCCCAACAGCAGUGGCCAUGAAGGCAUCGAAUAUAUCUGUGUAACUGGCAACACUGCAUUCAAAGGCAUCUCUCUUGUUUAACUGUCCUGGUCGUGU